ACACAUAAAAAAACAUACACAACACAACCCACAAAAAUAAGCAACAUUCCGCGCGAAGCGCGGACAAACCACUAGUGAUGGAUAAACGUUUGGAUUCAAUGAAUCAGGUGGCGGAAGAGAUCAUGAGGAUCCACAGAUCCUUACCACCAAGACCAGACAUCGACGAUGUCGAAGCUGCAACUUCUCUGAUACAGAACGUUGAGAAAGACGAUCAGAAUCGCUUGGAGGCCAUUGAUAGACAGAUGAAAAGCUCCGAGGUUCCUCAGGAGCUUUUCAACGUGUUGCAGGAGAUGAAGAGAGGUCUCGUUCGUUUCCAGAGCAAAGAACAGAAGAGGGAAGCUACCAAAGUUCUCGAUCUCGAAUCUGCGCACGUCUUGUUCGACGAAUUGAUUCAGAGAGCUUCUAAUUGUAUUGCUUCUCCGCCUUCCUCCACCGCUGUGUCGAAACCUGCGCCGGUUGUUUCUCCGGCGAUUUUGUAUUAUUCUGAUAAAGCUCCUGUCAAGUCCAAGGAGAUGGUAACCCGCGACGAUACAUUUGUGACCAAGGUCAAAGCUUCUCUCUAUAGUGACGGUUUGUUAGCUCCUCGCAAGCCUCAGACUUUGGAUUCAACAUUUGAGGCUAAGAGACUCACCGGCCGUGAUGGGGAGAAGUUGAGUCUCAUAAAGCUUGCCACUUUGAUUGAAGUAUCUGCCAAGAAAGGUACUCAGGAGCUGAAUCUGCAGCACAAGCUGAUGGAUCAGGUCGAAUGGCUUCCAGAUUCUAUAGGCAAGUUAUUGAGUCUAGUUAGGCUUGAUCUGUCUGAGAAUUGCAUUACGGCGUUGCCAGCAACCAUAGGAGGGCUUUUGUCCUUGACGAAGCUGGAUUUGCAUUCGAAUAGAAUCGGUCAGCUUCCUGAGUCUAUAGGAGAUUUGCUGAACUUGGUCAACCUGAAUCUUAGUGGAAACCAGUUAACGUCUCUACCAUCAUCACUGAGUAGAUUGAUCAAUCUCGAGGAGCUUGAUUUGAGCUCUAACGGCCUCUCUGUUCUUCCCGAAUCCAUCGGUUCUUUAGUGAGCCUCAAGAAGCUCGAUGUUGAAACAAACAAUAUCGAAGAGAUUCCACAUAGUAUCUCAGGUUGUUCUUCCCUGAAAGAGCUCCGUGCAGAUUACAACAGGCUUAAGGCUCUUCCAGAAGCUGUUGGGAAGAUAACUACCUUAGAGAUUCUGUCUGUUCGUUACAAUAAUAUUCGGACGUUACCUACAACAAUGUCUUCCAUGGCUAACCUCAAAGAGGUAGAUGUGAGUUUCAACGAACUCGAGUCAGUACCAGAGAGCUUAUGUUAUGCUACAACGCUUGUUAAGCUCAACAUUGGGAACAACUUUGCCAACCUGAGAUCACUCCCUGGGUUAAUAGGCAACCUUGUGAAGCUGGAAGAGCUUGAUAUGAGCAAUAACCAGAUCCGUUACCUUCCUUACUCUUUCAAAGCGCUUACACAGCUGCGUGUUCUUAACACACAGCAAAAUCCACUUGAAGAGCUUCCAAGGGAUGUAAUCCAAAAGGGCGCUCAGGCUGUGGUUCAAUACAUGAAUGAUCUUGUGGAGGCAAGAAGCACCAAGUCUCAAAGCACUAAACAGAAGAAGAGCUGGGUUGACAGUAUCUGCUUCCUCUGCAAGUCCACCAACUAGUGAACACAUGAAGAUCCUUUAAACCACUCUUGACAACGUCUGACCUUUUAUCAUCAGGUAGAUUUGUUUCUCACCGCUUCAAACACAUGAAACCCCAAACAAAGAACCCAAUGUACACUUGUAUUCGUUCAUACCUGACUGGUUCCUGAGGUAAAUGUAAUUCGAUUUCGUUAUCUCAAAGUGUUGUAUUCUUGUUGUUCUUGAUGUAAUUCACUUCUUGUUUCCUUUUGGUGUGCCAUACAUUGAUGCAAUUUGAGAUCAUGACCGGAGUUGUGAAUAUGUUUAAUUUCAGAAUAACAUCAAGAUCUCAUACACGAUAUAGUCAUACGGUUCUUGUGUUUUGUUCCAUCUUAACCACUUCAACCCUGCACUUCUGACGCAUGAGAAGACAUUCAUUACAUAUCAAUCACAACAAGAUCUCCAUUCAAAAAACAACAAACUUUGGAUGCAUUAACACAAUCUCUUGUGUGUUUACCUGCAGUAUAUCUCCAACUCUUUUCUGAGUUC